AUGGCUCCCUAUUUUCCUCCAAAUGAUCCAGACAAAUUUGCAAUCGUUCAGAGAGUUUUUGGAACCGGCCAUAUCGUUAAACUGCUUCAAGGAUUAGAGGUUGAACAAAGAGAAGAUGCAGUAAAUAGCAUUGUGUAUGAGGCGAGUGCAAGGGUGAAGGACCCUGUGCAUGGCUGUGCAAAAGAUGUUCAUCAACUGCAGAAGCGAAUUGCUGAUCUGGAAUCCCAAUUGGCGGUAAAAGAAACAGAAUUAAAGCAUUUGCAGUCAGAGUAUGAUAAUCUUGUAUUGUUUCUUGGCACUGAAUCAAUCGAUUCUCAAUUUGUUGAAUAUCCAGUCGAUUCUACAUCACAACCAAGGGAAGAUGGCCUUAAUGACAAGGCGGAUCCCUUGAUGUCAUGUAGCUUGCUAUGGGAAGAAUAA